AUGGACAAACGAUUUCAGUCACAGCAAAAUGACAAUACGCCCACCGUAUGGGACAAUACGCCCACCGUAUGGGACAAUACGCCCACCGUAUGGGACAAUACGCCCACCGUAUGGGACAAUACCACCGUAUGGGACAAUACGCCCACCGUAUGGGACAAUACGCCCACCGUAUGGGACAAUACGCCCACCGUAUGGGACAAUACGCCCACCGUAUGGGACAAUACGCCCACCGUAUGGGACAAUACGCCCACCGUAUGGGACAAUACGCCCACCGUAUGGGGCAAUACGCCCACCGUAUGGGACAAUACGCCCACCGUAUGGGGCAAUACGCCCACCGUAUGGGGCAAUACGCCCACCGUAUGGGACAAUACGCCCACCGUAUGGGACAAUACGCCCACCGUAUGGGACAAUACGCCCACCGUAUGGGACAAUACGCCCACCGUAUGGGACAAUACGCCCACCGUAUGGGACAAUACGCCCACCGUAUGGGACAAUACGCCCACCGUAUGGGACAAUACGCCCACCGUAUGGGACAAUACGCCCAUCAAAGUUUCCUGUAUUGUUGUUGGUGUGUCCAAAGGGCGCGCGAGCGGCCCCACACUGCAGGAAGAACAUUACAAGUCCACUUGCACCAGCGUCUAA